AUGGGAAACGGCUUAUGCUGCAUUAACGACUUCAAUAACAACAAAUCCAAUAUAGAUAUAUAUCCAUACCCCAGUCAAGAAAAAUAUGAUGAAUAUGAUAAUUGGACAUUAGAAACAUGGAUAGAUAAAUAUAAGAAUGGUAAUACAAUUAGAGUAGCAUUUCCUGAUGGAAAUGAAAUUCAAUGUUAUUUUAAAAUUUUUUUAAAUGAGAAAUGCUUUGAACUAUCCUUAGAUAAUAAAGUUCGUGUUAUAAAAUUUAAUGAUAUUAAGUGUGUACUUCAUAGAAAUAGUUGCGAGUCGUUAUUAGAAUCAGAACAAAAUUUAUUAAAAUCACCUAAGGUCAUAGGAAUUCGAUUGAUUAGUACACUUAAAGCUAUUGCCUUUGCAAUGGAUAGCCCUGGAGAGGAAAGAAUGUUUUAUGAGUUUAUAAAAAAAUACUGCUUAACUGCUUGA